AAAAAAUGCCACCAACAAACAAUCGACCGGAUGAGCUACCGCCACCGAAGGCAGAUUUCAGUGCACCGCCACCGUACGAAGCAAACGAUCCACAGCAGCAGCAGCAGCUGAACGAGUAUGGUUCGCAGCAGUCCGUACCGGUGCCGGAGCUCACCACCAAGCUGCCCACCUACGAGGAGGUGCAGAUGGAAAAGAUGAUCAAUCACGAGCUACCAAUACCGCCGAUGGGACCGCAGAUGCCACCACCGCCACCGAGCAUCACCUCGAUGGGCGGUGUAGGCCGGGGCGUUCCCGGCGGUCCGCAGGUGACGUUCAUAGCGAUCGAUGCGGACGGGGAAAACAUUACCGCGGACAAUGGGCUGCUCGGUACGGACAUUAUGUUUGUGACCGCGUUUUUGAUUGCGUUCCUGUUCAAUUGGAUCGGUUUUUUGGUGCUGACGUGCUUCUGCCACACGAUCGCUGCCCGGUACGGUGCCCUGUCCGGGUUUGGGCUGUCGCUUGCCAAGUGGACCGUAAUCAUGAAGCACACGACCGACUUUGCAUCGCACGAAAACUCGUGGCUGUGGUGGUUGAUAAUGGCGUUCGGGUUUUUGAUCUGUGUGCGAGCGUUGGUGCAGUACAUUAGCAUUAAGCGAACCUGGCGUCUGCUGUCCACGUCCGCCCAGGAGCGGCUACUGUUCUUUUACUAAUGCCCUCUGUUUUUUUUCUCGAUUG